UGGUCAUGUGAUCAGCUGUGUCCAAUCACAGCUGAUCACAUGGGACAUCUACACUCAUCAUCAGGGCACUGAUGAUCAGUGUGCCCUGAUGAUCAGUCUAGUCCCAGCAGUGCCACCUGUCAGUGUCCAUCAGUGCCUUGUGUCAGUGCCCAUCAGUGCCACAUCAAUGCCACAUAUCAGUACCUACCAGUGCACAUCAAUGCCACAUAUCAGUGCCCAUCUGAGCUGCCUUUCAGUGUCAAAUAAAUGA